AUGCCCGAACCAGUCGGCAACCUUUUCUGUCUAUUUUUCUUUUCCUCUUUUUCUAUUUCUUCCGGGUUUCUUUUACUUAUUUUUGAAUUUAUUUCUUCUUUUUCCCACUUUACUAUUUUAUUCUUUCCACUUCCAUUUUCUUUUCGUUCAUUUUUUUCUUUUUUCUCCUCCUUUUCUCUUCUCUUUUUAUCCCUAUUUUCUAUUGUUCCUUUUUUAUUUUUCUCAACCUCUCUCUCGCUUAUGCUUCAUUACAUUCAUGCACUUUUCAUUUUUUUUCUUUAUUUUCCCGCUUUUUUUUCUAUUUCUUUUUCUUUUAAAUUUCUUCCCGUUUUUAUACUUUCUCUCUCAUUUCGCUUUCUCUUUUUUUCAUCUUUUAUAAUUCAUUCCGUUUUUAUUCCUUUUUAUUCCUAUUUUGUUUCGCUUUCUUUUACGUUUCUAAUUAAUUCAUUCUUUUUCUCUCUGCUCAUUUAUUUUUUGCCUCUUUCCUUUUUUUUUCAUUUAAUUUCACUUUUUCUUUCUUUUUUCUUACAUUUUCUUUUUUUCACUUUAUUUUACCUGUCUUUCCAUUUUCUUCUUUUUCACUUAUAUUUCUUUCCUGGUCUUCUUUCUCUUGCCUUUCAUUUUCCCUCUAUUCUAUACACACACACACACACUCUCUCUGUCUCUCUGUCUCUCUCUCUCUCUUUCUUUUCUGUUUUUCUCUUCUCCAUUAUUUAUUCUCUUCCUCUCCUAACUCUUUCGUUUUUAUCCUCUUUUCACUCACUUUCCUAUUUGUUUGUCUUUUUCUUUCACUUUUUGAUUUUUGUUUCUUAUCUCUCUUCACUUUUCUUUUCUUUCUUUUCUUUUCUUUCUAUUCCUUUUCUUUUUCUUCUUUUUUCUUUGGCUUUUCUUCCUAUGGUUUUUUCUUUAUUUACUCUUACUUUAUCUUUAUUUGCUAUUUCCAUUUCUCUUUCUCUCUCUCCUUUUGUCUAUAUCUUAUGCUUCCAUUUGUUCUUACUCUCUCUUUCUUUUUCUUAUUGUUCUCUCCUUUUCUCGUCUGUCUCUGUUUCUUCAUGUCUUUCCGUUUCUAGUUUUCUUUCUCUUUUCUUUUAUAACCUUUCUCUUCUACUUCUUUAUCACUAUUUGUAUUUCCUUUUUCUUCCACGUUUUUUUUCUCUUUUCUCCUUAUUUUUUAUUCUUUCUUUCUCUUCUCUCUCCCCCUCUUUUCUUUUUCUUCCCUUUCCAUUUCACUUUUAUUUUCUCUUACUUUUAUUAUUAUCUCUUUUUCUCUAUCGUCAUUUUUCUCUUUCUUUUUUUAAUUCUUUCGCUUUCUUUUUUUUUCUUCCUAUUUUCUAUCCUUCUUCCUUGUGUUUCUUUUUAUUGUUUCUUUUCUUUUCUCUUUUGCCUUCACUUUUCUGUUACUUUCAUGUUUGA